GAUCCAGAGGAAGUGGCGUGGCAGUUCCUUAGAGCCUGGGCAUGUAUGCAAGACACGGUACUACAAGCCUACAAAUAGCCACUUACCUCUGGUGAGUAAAGAAUGCUUCCAGGUACCUCCACAAUGAAGCUGGAAACUGAAAGCAACAUGUCAUCAAUUGCAUCCUACUACAAUGGAAAGUCAGUGCUUGUUACCGGAGCCACAGGUUUUAUGGGCAAAGUGCUAGUGGAAAAGCUGUUGCACUGCAGCCCUGAUGUGAAAAGUAUUUAUAUUCUUGUGAGACCCAAGUCUGGACAAUCAACACAAGAGAGGGUGCAGGAUAUGGUGAAGUGUAAGGUGUUUGAUAGAGUCAGAAAAGUGUGGCCAAACUUCUAUGAGAAGAUUAAACCAAUCAAUGCUGAACUUGCCCAGCCAAAUCUGGCCAUUGCUCCUGAGGAUGCCGAGGAGCUCCUCUCCGAAGUUAACAUUGUCUUCCAUUGUGCUGCAUCAGUUCGCUUUAAUGAGCCACUGGGGCAAGCCCUUCUGUUAAACGUCAUAGGAACAAAGCAGCUCCUGAAGUUGGCCCACCAGAUGCAGAAUCUGGAGGCCUUCGUCCACAUUUCAACUGCCUUUGCAUACUGUGAUCGGAGUUACAUAGAUGAAGUCAUUUAUCCUCCUCCUGUGGAUCCCCAGAAACUUAUUGAUCUUGUAGAGUGGAUGGAUGAGUCCCUCAUUCAAGAGAUCACACCCAAACUGAUUGGGGAUUGGCCCAACACCUACACAUUCAGCAAAGCCUUGGCAGAGUAUGUAAUUCAGCAAGAGAAAGGUAACCUAAAUACUGCCAUCAUUCGCCCAUCCAUCGUGAGCUGCAGCUGGCAAGAACCUUUCCCCGGGUGGAUUGAUCAGUUCAAUGGACCAUGCAUUUACUUGAUCGCGGCUGGAAAGGGGAUUGCACGGAUCAUAAAAUGCAACAAAGAUUCAGUUGCAGAUAUGAUUCCUGUAGAUAUUGCCAUCAAUUUGAUCCUUGCUGCUGGAUGGUACACUGCAGUUCAGAGGCCCAAGUCACUGUUGGUAUACAAUUGUAUAACAAGUACCAUCAACCCAUUUUCCUGGGGAGAAAUGCAGAAUGCUGUCAUGGACAUAUUGGAGAGGAUGCCCCUGGAGAAAGCCUUCAGAAUCCCUAGUGUUUACAUGACCAAAAGUGACUUUACGUAUGAGUAUUGGAGAACAGUUAGUCACAAGUUCCCCGCCUUUCUCUAUGAUUUGUAUUUAAGACUAACUGGAAGGAAGCCAAGAAUGAUGAAGAUGUAUAACCGCCUCCACAAUUCCAUGAAGUUCUUUGAUUUCUUUGCCAACCGUUCCUGGGAAUGGAAAUCAGACAAUAUGAACAUGUUACUGAACCAACUUAGUCCAAAAGACAAGAAACUGUUCUUCUUUGAUGUCCGCCAGUUGAAUUGGUCAGAAUACAUGGAAUAUCUCUGUCUAGGAGCUAAGACCCAUGUGCUGAAUGAAGAUUUGGCUGGCAUUCCUGCAGCAAAGGAGCAUUUACGAAAGCUAAGAAAUAUUCAAUAUGUCAUCAACAUCACCCUGAUUGUGUUCAUCUGGCGCGUAUUUAUUGCAAGGUCGCAAAUGGCACAAAACAUGUGGUACUUUGUGGUACAGCUCUGCUACAAGUUCCUUAGCUACUUUAGAGUUUCCAGCACCCUCAGGCAUUGAACAUACCUGUCCGGUUAUUGACUACCAGCUCUUGGAAGGACCUCCAGUCAACAACUGUGGGUGUGUUUGAGCUUCAGAGCUUCAGCGUAUCUCUCAGCUGCUGUGUCAUUCAACAUAUUUCAUUAAAGACUCAUAGCUUAUUUCCCCCCCUAAUGCUUUAAUAAACCACCAUCUACCAUCUCUAGGUCUACCAGGUUACAUAUCAAAGCCAUAACUAAAUAUGUGGACACAGGUCAUUUUAGAGCACUUACCACUGCUGAAGGGAUACUGUAGAUUACCAAAGCUGCCCUAUUUCACCUCAGAUACAAAACACUAUUUAAUAAAAAAAAAAUUCCUUCCAGCAGCACCUUAGAGACCAACUAAGUUUGUCAUUAAUAUGAGCUUUUGUGUGCAUGCACACUUCUUCAGGUAUCUGGUAUUGUUGUUGUUUAGUCGUUUAGUCAUGCCCCCAUGGACCAGAGCACGCCAGGCACUCCUGUCUUCCACUGCCUCCCGCAGUUUGGUCAGACUCAUGUUCGUAGCUUUGAGAACACUGUCCAACCAUCUCGUCCUCUGUCGUCCGACAGAAGCAGAGGAAGAUUAAAGAAACUAUGGGCCCCUAAACCAUAAAAUGCCCAACAUACUACAAUUUCAAUGAUUCUUUUUUAAUUUUUAUGACGUAAAAUGAUGUGUCUAAAAAGUAUGUCAUUUUUCUUUUUUCCUUUUUCCCUUUGCAGAAGCCACCAUAGUAAAGCUGAUAUAAAUCAGAUAUAUUUGUAGCAUAAAUCGUCCCCAUAUAAAAUGGGCCAAUUCAUCACGAAGUUCAAGGGCUUUCCCUGUCCUGACAAUCAUUUAUAUGGAUAGUAAAAGGUAAAGGGGUCCCUGACCAUCAGGUCCAGUCGUGUCCGACUCUGGGGUUGCGGCGCUCAUCUCGCUCUAUAGGCCGAGGGAGCCGGCGUUUGUCCGCAGGCAGCUUCCGGGUCAUGUGGCCAGCAUGACUAAGCUGCUUCUGGCGAACCAGAGCAGCGCACGGAAACGCUGUUUACCUUCCCGACGGAGCGGUCCCUAUUUAUCUACUUGCACUUUGAAGUGCUUUCGAACUGCUAGGUUGGCAGGAGCUGGGAACGAGCAACGGGAGCUCACCCCGUUGCAGGGAUUCGAACUGCCGACCUUCUGAUCAGCAAGCCCUAGACUCUGUGGUUUAACCCACAGCACCACCUAGGUCUAUAUGGCUAGUAACAAUUUGCAAAUAUUCCUUUUGGGUUCAGAUAUUGUUUUUUCCAGAACUCAAACUAUAGGAUGCUGCUGCUGAUAAAAUGAGAUUCUUUCCCCCAUUUGCAGAGCCAUGGCAAUUUAGACAGCUAUGUGGAGUGCAAUUGCACAAAUGUCAAAAGCGUUGAACCAUGCUGUGCCAUCACGGAUUAUGAGGGAUGCAACUCUUCACUCUUCUUUUUACAAUAUGUUGCAAUCCUUACAUUGGCAUUCAGGCUGAAAGGAGGAAUAUUGCAUUAGAGUUGACUAGCCUUUUGCUCAGUCUGGAGAAGCCCAUUGUCAAGCCCAGGUCAGAUACUGUGAAAGCCUCUACAUUAAUGGCCUGAUAGCAAGUGUAGUAUGAUGAUUAAGGCCAAAAUUAGAAACACAAAGAGGAAAAGCAGAACAAUGUCUAAGAAUGGAAGAAUGUGCAUUCGGAACACAUUAAAUUCGUAAGUAGAGGUAUCACUGUAAUGGAUGUAAAUUUUUGAUUGAUCUAGAUGGUCCGAAACUGGAACGGCUUAUGGAACUCACUGAAGUAUCUGGGAGACCCUGAGUCCAGGGGAAGGGGGGCUGAAUUAGUUUUAAGUGUUUAAAUGUUAGCAUGAUAGAAGAAUUAAUAUUUAAAUUUAUGGAAAAUUCUUGGUAAUAAAUUUUAGGCUAAGGGGAGAAAUAGAAGAAGGGAAAAUAAAUUUUGAUUUGGAUAAAUUGAUUAAUUAUUGGUGAAGAAUAGGUGAUGCUUUUAGAAUAGAAUAUUUGAGCGAUAAUGAUAAAAUGUUUUAGAAUGAUUUAAGAUAUAAAAUGAAAAUUGCUUAAUUGGAAUUUUAGAAUGGACCCAGUGAGGGGGGAAUUGAGGAAGUCAACAAUGUUAAGUAAAAAAUGCAAUAAUUGAUAUGUUUUGGGUUUUUUUUGGUGAUUUUGUAAUAUUGGAAAAUGAAUUAAAAUUAAUUGAAAAAAAGAAAAAGAAACAAGCAACCAUGUAAAAUAAGCCCAAACCAAGUAAAACACGUUGUUUGUGGC